AUGGUGAAAGAGAAAGUGAUUCAAUGCAAAGAUGGACAAGAGAAAGAGACGCUGAACUUAACUUACACAGCACUGGACAAAGAAGUGAAGAAGAGUGCCAGGAAGGACAAAAGACAAUUCUACGACAACCUGGCUACUGAAGCUGAGAAGGCAGAAGGCAAAAGGGACCUGAGGACACUAUAUCAGAUAACCAAGUCUCUAUCCGGGAAGAGAUCAACACAAGUGAAACCCAUAAAAGACAGCCAAGGGAACCCAAUUACCAAGGAAGAAAGACAGAUUAAACAAUGGGCGGACCACUUCAAAGGACUCUUGAAUCGACCACCACCUGCAACCCGUCCAGAAAUACCAACAACAGCACGUACACAACUGCAAGUUGACACCAAUCCUCAAACGAAAGCUGAAGUCUUGAAUGCAAUCAAGCUUCUGAAAGCUGGAAAAGCAGCUGGACCAGAUGGAAUACCCCCGGAAGCACUGAAAGCGGACCCAGAAACGACAGCAGAUAUGCUGACUCCAUUAUUGCAAAAGGUCUGA